GUCUUAAUUCGUAGAGCCAUACAUUCCCUCACACCCCCAAGAUUUUGCUUUCGUACAAGAAAGAACAACCACACUACUGCCAUCUCCAUUAUUUGAGUACUACUUUGCAUCAAAGGUUCAACAAUUCGUGCGUGCACAGUGCCAAAUCGUGAUCACAACUUAAUCUGUUAGCUAGCUUCACAUGUGUUGUAUAUUGGGCUUCACAAAGGGAGCUAGGAAGUGAUUAAUACUGCUAUUAUUUAAUUAUCUGCCAUAUAUAUAUAUAUAUAUAUAUAUAUAUAUAUAUACUUCAAGUGUGUGGAACCCGGAAACAACUUAACAGCAAAGGUAGGGAAUUGAGGCUCAAUUGUUUAGCUUAAUUAAUUUCCUUCAAUCAAAUGAUUCAGAAGAUGUUUGACCCCAGCCGUUCUGGUAUGACAAGAAGCUCCUCCCAUGUAGCCUCCAUUUAUGACAAUGAUUUCCUUGAGUUGGUGUGGGAAAACGGUGAGGUUGUUGUACGAGGAGGUUCAUCAAACAGAUCACGAAAGACAAACGAGGAAAGAAUACAUGAAGAUGCCAGCAUUAACAAAAGAACAAGGUUAAACCCAUUAUUAUACUCACUUGAAGAUCACUUUCCACCUCAAAGGGACUCUGACAUGAGCACUUCACACCAAAGCAAUGGCCAAGAUUCGUGUGGUCAAUCCUCCCAAAGCAAGCUUCAUGAAGAAUUUGCAAACUUACUUAAGCCCGUUAGCAUAGGCAAUAAUCACUUACAACAGUGCUUACCUUCAUCUCCGCUCAAGAAACAAAGAACAGUAGAUUCAACUCAAACACCACCAACACCAAAAGUGAACUUCUCCAACUUUUCAAUACCUGCAGUGUUUCUCAAAUCUACUACUCAUCAGGGAAACAGUGCAACCCAGCAGACAAACAAUCAUUCAUCUCCAGCAAGAAUGGAGGAGAUCAUUGAAGCCCGCAAGGUUGAGCAAUCAGUUAAAGAAUCACAUGGUUUUCAAAAGCAAACAUCCUUAACUGUUGAAAGAAGCACAAAAUUGCCAACCCCACCGGUUGAUGAACACUCUGAAGCUGUUGGUCAUAACUGUGGUGUUCUUGGAAUUCACAGAUCCCAAGGUCAACUACGUUGUGACCAAACCUCAACUUCAGAAGCACUUAUUAGAGCCAAGGCAAAAGCUUAUAAUAAUAAUACUAACAUGUGUCAUGAACCGUUGCUAGCAUCUUCUUCUGUGUGCUCGCUUGGAGCCUCCAACGACCCAAACCUUGGUCUCAGGAAACAUGAGGACACUGAAACGUAUUUAAGUGAUAAUGAUGGAGAGCCUGAAGAUAUGGUAAAGCAAGAUAGGGAUGGUAACAGAGUCAGGAGAAUCAGGAACCCUGUGGUUCAUAACUUAUCUGAAAAGAAGCGAAGAGAAAAAAUCAACAAGAAGAUGCGUACAUUGAAAGAGCUCAUACCCAAUUGCAAUAAGGUGGACAAAGCAUCAAUGCUAGACGAUGCCAUCGACUAUCUGAAGACCCUAAAGCUUCAGCUACAGAUAAUGUCAAUGGGAAAUGGGUUAUGGCCACUUAUGAUGCUACCAGCUGCAACCACGGCGCAUCACAUGAAUCCUCAGCUAGGAAUGGGAUUCAGGCCACCACAACUACCUAUUCCACCAUCACUUUCUGCUAUCACAGACAACAGACUUCAGAUGUUUGGUUGUUUCCCAAACCAAAUACCACCCAUGCCAGCAAUGCCUCAUGCACCUUUCUUCCCUAUCAUUGCAAAUUCUGCCACACAACCACACUUGGCUAACACCACCAACUUGGCAGAACAUUUGGCUGCAUCUCUACAUGGAAAUGCAACAAAGCUAGCGCCACCAAGUCAGGUUUCCUUUCAACAACACAGCUGCACUAGUACUCCUACACUAUCUACCCCUUUCAUUUUUCCACAAAAAUAGAUGAAAAUGUACAUGAAGGGAAAAUUAAUUAGAGUGGUAUGCAUGUAUGAAAAUUAGAUUACAGAUGUUAAUUAAUUAAAGAAGAGUGUAAAGUUCGUUAGUUUACUCUUUUAAAAAAGAUGGUACAUAUUUUCUUUCUGAUAAUAGAAUAUAUCAGCUUUAGAAUCUGACAUUGUACAGUUUCAUGCUUUCAGCCUUAUACAAUAUACUGCUCCGAUGUACUACC